AUGUACGCAAAUUAUUGUUCACCUCUUACUCUUCACAUCCCUCCAAGGAUUGAUGGCGUCUAUAAAGCUCUUUUGUUCUUUCUUUUUCAGCGGGAAAUGGACGCCUUGGAUCAAAUAGAAAAUUGUACCAUUCCUGAUUGUCAAAAAAACGACGAAAAUGACGGCGGUAACCAGGAUGAAGACAACGUCACCAACAUGAUCUUCGUUGCUGCUUAUAUCGUCAUUAUCAUGCUUUCAUUGGCAGGCAAUUCGCUUGUCAUUCACCUUGUGCGCACUCGCAGGGACAUUCGCCAAAACCCGUUCAACUGGCUUUUGGCCAACACGGCUGUAGCUGACGUAUUGGAUGUGUUAACGGCUUCCAGCUUUACCAUGUCGUUCUUCAUAGCAGGAAACCGAUGGCUGCCUGGAAUAGUGGGAGCCCUUCUUUGCAAGCUCAUACCAUUCAUCUUGAAUAUCUCUAUUAGUGUUGCUAUCUGGACGCUGACAGUAAUUGCCGUGGACAGAUUUCUGGCUAUUAUGUGCAUCCGACCGAGACCCAUGUCUUCUAGAGCAGUGGUGCGUUCAGUCUUUGGUUUAUGGUUAUGUUUCAGUGUGAUUUUCAGUGGCCAGCUGUACACGUCUAAAACCAAGGAGACGGAAGAUGGAACUGUUGAGUGCAUCGAGGAGUGGCAUGAUUUCCCUGAAAUAGCUCACAUUCUUUUCAAAGCCGAACUGACGUUUAAAGUUGUUAUUGCCUAUGCAAUCCCUUUGACCAUCAUGACAGUCCUGUAUUCGUUGAUCGCCCGCUUUUUAUGGAGACAUAAACCACCAGGACAUGUUAACCAACAGGCUUAUGCAAAACAAGCAAAAAAACGUCGUUCAGUCAUCAAAAUGCUGGUGACAGCUGUCAGCGUGUUUACGAUUUGUUGGCUUCCUGUGCAUGUAGGUCACAUGAUGUCAGUGUUUCAAACCAAUGCUUAUGAAGACAUUCCCAAUGUUUUCAAGUUGUUCUUCUUUUGGCUGGCGCAUGCAAAUGCUGCAAUUCAUCCCUGGUUGUUUAUUGUCUUCAGCGAAAAACUGAGGGUAGAAACAAAAUUAAUGUUUCCGCGAUUCACUAAGCACAGGCCAAGGAAGCAGGAUCGAUUUCAACUACCAGCGUUAAAGGGACUGGUUCACGAUAAUGCGCAUGUGUGA